UAUCCUCAUAGUACAGCCACUCACUUUCUCCACUCAGAGCCGCUCCUCUCACCUUCUCCCCUCACAGCUACUCCCAUCCAUGGUGCCUCCCCUCCCCUCGACGGCGGCGUCCGGGCCCUCCUCUCCCUGCACCAGCCCACCUCUUUGCUUAUGCCCUCCCCCUCCCCGGCCUUCGACAAGCACCCCAGCGCUCGCGACGCAAGGCACAGAAGCGCAGUCUGUCUCGGCCGCCGCCGCCGUCGUCUCGUCGCCGCUCGGAAACACCGAUGCCCAUGAAGACAACAAGGACUACGAGGGCUCCUUCGGCCCCGAGAUCGUCUGCCUCCACUCCCAGGAGGCGGUCGCCCGGCAGGGUCCGCACGCAGGUCGACGCCAUCCACCACUGCUUCUCGUGACGCCAUGCCGACCACGCCUCCAGCGUCCUCGCAGAGCUCGCAAAAAUGGAUGGGUCUACAUGGAGGAUGAACAAGUUCACAGACUUCUCACCAUUCUUGAUGCCGCACCCAUGUGAUUCACAUCUCUGGGAACGCCAUCUCUUCCAUCGUGUGCUUUGUAUGUUACUACUUGCCUGAGCACCUGUUUUCCACUUUCUUAUCAAUUCUAUAAAUUCUUUGUGCAAAGGGUUGGUUAGUGGAAUUUACCUGGAACUUAUGAUUGACGUCUUUCCUGGGCAGAGUUCCUGGACACCGGAGUCUCCCCCUGGACCUAACUUCCGCCAAUGGCCAACUACUUGACACCUGAACAAAGGGAUAAAAGUCAGAGGCAUGGGGAUGAUGAUGUCAUGGAUGUAAGCUCUUUCCAUGUUUGUUACAAUAAUGCUUCUCAGCAGUCUUGGUGUCCAAUAAUUUGAAUUGUCAUCUAAUGCAUUGCUUGCUACAGGUUUGGAAAAUGGUAACGACGAGAGUUCUUCAUGCAGUAAGAAACCAGUAAGAACUGAACUUAGUUUUGUACCAUUGCGGUUUGCAAAGCUUUGGAGGCAACUUAAUGUUUAAGCUCUCUAAUUUGUCAUUCUCACAUAUGAAAUUGUGCCGUUAUCUAGUUGUAUUUUUUCUGGAUGCUAUUCUUUCAUCAUAGGCCUUUUAUUCUGUAAGGUAAAUUAGAGGUUUAUUAAAUUAUUAUUUAAGUAAUUUAUGGGUUAACUUCUCCUUGA